AUGUACUUGGCAGUGCUUCUGGCAUUUCUGAGCAUUUCUUGCAGGGCAUCAUUCGUCGGACAUUCGCCGCCGAACUCACCACUUACAGGCAGACAUGCGCUUGGAGAAUCGAUCGAGUAUAAUGGAUCAGGGGAGAGUUCGAAAGAGCCCGUCCUGGAAUCAAUAGUGACAAAAAGAGGUGUUGAUCCUCUUUCCAUCCCGCAGCUGAUCAGGGAACCACCAUUGAAAAGGGGUGAUAAACGAGACUCGUACGUAUAUCCCUCCACUAGUUCCAAGCUAUCGGAUAGAGUCCCACUAAGAGAACCACCACUCAAGCGACAGGAAUACUUCGAGCUUUCAAAUCUUUUUUCACCCAGUGAGAAAAUAAUGGAGUGGCAGGACACAACCGACGAGAAUAGCGGCGAAGAUUUUCGUGACGAAAAUGCAAACAUCUUUGUGCUCCCGUCUUCAAAACAAUCUUCGUGGUACUACCGAGAAAAUCUUGAUGAGCCGCCGAUGAAGCGCAGAUCCUCCAUAGUCCCCCUUUCUCUCCUCAGUUUCCCCUCAAGGCAAAUGAGGUCAUUCUCUAACUCGAAACCACUUUCUCUUACCAAGCUGUGGCGCUAG